GACGAGUCGCGAGGAUGGUACAACCGAGGAGACCGAUGGGAUGAGCCACGAGGGCGAUUUGACUCGGGGAACCGCUGAUAUGAUUCGCGAGGGCGGUACGAGCAAGGGGGGUCUAGAGGAGACAGGCGCAACGAUUCACGCAGUCGGAAUGAGAGGGGGGAAUAUGGUGUCUCAUCAGAACCAUAUCCAAAGUCGCCUGACCCCAACGUGGCCAAGAAAAUCGAUGUCUAGGGGGGCGGACGACAGGGCGUCUACUCCCAGAAACUCAUGCGUCUAUUGUAGGGGAGAAGAUCAUAUCAAAAGGGAUUGCCCGGACYUUAAACGGGCAAUAGAAGAGGGACUUGUCGUGCUUGACGAUCGCAAGUACGUCAAGUGGGCAGAUGAUCUAGGAGAUGUAUCGAUGUUCCCUUCGAUGAAGGAGAAUGUCGAAGCAAGGAGAAUAAAGACGAGUAGAAGAAUGGAGUCGAUCAGGAGCCAGAGCAUCAAGAUAACUUUUGAAGGGGACAUGGCGGCCACACCCAUAAGAGUGGCAGCCACGAAGUCGGCAAGAGGGUCUACAUCGAAGAAGACUGACACGGACUACGUGAUGGCAGAGAAGGACGGGCAGCGAGUUGAUGGAGAGGAGGKUAUCCUUUCGCCGCGGAAACGGGGAAUGAAGAAGUUUUUGAUGAAGAGUUCGCUUGAUGAGAUUGACACGGUCGAGCCACUGAGGAGGGCCCUUCGACAGCCCAUGCAAUGCUCUAUUCUGGAGUACCUGGCGGCAUCGAAGUCGGCUCGCGAUGAGUUACAGAUGAUCACGCGCAAGACUCGCAUACCUCUAUCAGAGGAGGGGCAAGGGGCCCCUAAGGCGGAAGCUUCUACAGUAGCAGUGACGGGGGUGACUGCCAGAUCGGAUCGCAUGACAACAGCCCUUCUCGAUGGAAUGGAAGGUGUGCCUCCAGACAAAUUUUAUAUACUUGGUAGUGGGGCAGUGGAGACGGUUAUAAACGACGGAGCGAUACUUGAUGCUGUGAUCGAUAACGGCAGUGAGGCAGUUAUCAUAGACGACGACCUGGCAGUGCAGGUUGGGCUGAGCCUCGACAAGUCGUAUCUAUUCGAGAUGGAGACGGCUGAUGGUAGAAAGCRACAGAUCACAGGG